GACUGUUCCAAAAAUAAACAGACAGCCGUGCGCCAAGUGAUAAAAUCGGAAUUCAACAGUGACUUCAUGGCGGAAUUCAAGGUUGUUGCAGUGAUCGGCGCCGGCCAGAUGGGCUCCGGCAUAGCUCAACUUGCGGCGGUUGCCGGUUCCGAUGUCUGGCUCCUCGAUAAAGAUGCCGGAGCUCUCCACGGCGCCAAGGGUUCUAUCUCUAACUCCGUUCAACGUUUUGUCAACAAAGGUCAACUCUCCAAGGAGGUAGGAAUUAAGGCUCUAGAGCGUCUAAAAUAUACUUCGAAUCUCGAAGAUCUUCGAUAUGCAGAUAUUGUAAUAGAAGCCAUUGUAGAAUCUGAGGAUGUGAAGAAGAAACUGUUUGCAGAACUAGAUAAAAUCGUCAAAGGGUCCGCCAUUUUGGCGUCCAAUACGAGUUCUAUCUCCAUUACUCGUCUUGCAACUGCGACAAAACGACCACAGCAGGUGAUCGGUAUGCAUUUCAUGAACCCCCCUCCAAUCAUGAAACUUGUUGAGAUAAUCCGCGGUGCGGAUACGUCGGAUGAAACGUUCACCGCUACGAAAACUUUAGCAGAGAGGUUUGGCAAGACGGUUGUUUGUUCACGGGAUUAUGCGGGGUUCAUUGUGAACCGGAUACUAAUGCCAAUGAUUAACGAAGCUUUUCACGCACUGUAUACGGGGGUCGCAACGAAGGAAGAUAUUGAUGCAGGGAUGAAGUUAGGGACUAAUCAACCGAUGGGCCCUCUAGAGCUUGCAGACUUUAUCGGGCUUGAUGUAUGUUUGUCCAUUUUGAAAGUUCUACAUUCUGGGCUAGGGGAUGUUAAAUACGCGCCCUGCCCUCUUCUGGUGCAGUAUGUCGAUGCGGGUCGGCUUGGCAGAAAACGAGGUAUUGGAGUUUACAGUUAUGUUAAAUCACCCAAACAGUCAUCUCGUCUUUAAACGUCUUAUGAGAACAACUGUUGUAAUAGUAUGUGUUAUAGUAUGAGUUUUAAACUUGUUAUUGUAAGACUAAUGUGAGAAAUAAGGUUCUUUAAUACACUUGAUGGUGUUAUUAAUGAAAGUCCCUUAAAAGCCCUUUUAAUUUUGUAUUUAAGUGGCCAAAAGAAUGACCCCACAAGUAAGUGAGGAACAGGCUGUGGGUAAUUUUUGUUAUCCCCACUUUGACUCUGAAAGGGAUUGAAUUGGAAUCCUAUAAUUGAGCUACAUAUUUUUUAAAUUAUAAAAGGGCAUUUGUAAUGUAAAGUUAGGUAAAAGCUUAUGUUAAAUAAGUCCCUCAUCUGGAAACUUUGAGAAUUAGCUAGAGAGGUGUGUGUGUGUGUGUGAAGGAGAGAGAGAGAGAGAGAUGAAGUUCUUGUUUCAGUGUCCUUGUUGUUCUUGUUUCUGCUUUAUGAAGCCAAAAAAGGGGAAACCAAAGGAGAAAGAAGGCAAGGAUGAGAAGAAAACAGAGUGAAUGAUUUAAAGCAUACAGAUUUGUGCUGCAUUUUCUUGAAAUAUGAUUUUGGUAAUUUGGUAUUGCUAUUAGCAAAUGUGUUAUGUACUGAUGAUCUUUGGUUUCACAAUAAUCAAAUAAAUGUUAAUUUAGCUGGUUCUAGAUUCCCUGUUAUAAAAUAGGUUUCUGGAUCUCUUUGGUUUAUGUUCUGAAUUAAAGAUUCUUGUUUUGUUGUUGA